UUUUCCUUUUCCUUUUCUGUUUGUCAGUUUCAACAUUUUAUUCUUUUGUUUUUUUGUUAAUAUUUGUAUUAUCUGUGAGUGGUGGCAAAUUGAGAGCAACAGGUACCGUUAAAGUAAAUUCUUACUUUCUUUUUGGGGUUCCUCAAAAUUCAUUUUUAUUUUUGGCUUUUGGGUUACAGAGAGGGAACACUCUUCUCUGAAAAGCUCUCCCCUUUUCUUGUAUUUCUAGUCUUCUUCCACUCUCUAGUUUGGGAGUGCUAGGGUUUUUGGUUUGCUUUGGGCGGUGGGUUUGGUCUGAAUUGGGAAGUUAUGGUGAGAAAACAUGGAUGGCAACUACCUGCUCACACCUUCCAGGUUGUCGCUAUUACCGUAUUCUGCUUGUUAGUGGUUGCGUUCUAUGCUUUCUUCGCGCCUUUCCUUGGAGGCCGUAUCUGGGAAUAUGUUUUGAUUGGAAGUUACUCUCCAGUGGCACUGCUUGUCUUCAUUCUUUACGUUCGAUGCACUGCAAUAAAUCCUGCAGAUCCUGGCAUUAUGUCCAAGUUUGACAAUGAAGCAACAAAUAGUAUCAAUCCAAAUCAUAGGUUAUCGGCAAAAGACUUGCCUAGAAAAUUUGAUGAAACCACCACUGGGCAUUCUUCUCCAUCAUCAGUUUCCAGAAGUUCUUUAGCAGGAGCUAACUCUAGUAGGAAAGGCUCAGUAGGAGAACUAGGGGGUGUAAAUAUUGUAGCAGAACCCACAACCAGGAAAUGUUGCAUAGGUGGAAUCUUCUGUGCAUUGUUUGUACAUGAAGACUGCCGCAAACAACAGGAAGGUGCAGCUGAGAGUCAAGGUGGUGAGGAUGCUUUGUUCUGCACAUUGUGCAAUGCUGAGGUCCGCAAGUUCAGCAAGCACUGUAGAAGUUGUGAUAAGUGUGUGGAUGGCUUUGAUCACCACUGUCGGUGGCUGAACAAUUGCGUGGGACACAAAAAUUAUGUGACUUUUAUCUGUUUGAUGGCCACCAGUCUUGUUUGGCUUGUCAUUGAAGCUGGAGUUGGUAUUGCUGUCCUUGUGCGCUGCUUUGUUAAUAAGAGAAGCAUGGAGGCAGAAAUUAUUGAUAGACUUGGAAAUGGUUUCACUCGUCCCCCGUUUGCAACAGUUGUGACUGUAUGUACAGCAGUUUCUGUGCUGGCAUGUGUUCCACUUUGUGAACUAUUCUUCUUCCACAUGAUACUAAUUAGGAAGGGUAUUACAACCUAUGAAUAUGUUGUGGCAAUGCGAGUCAUGAGUGAGGAACGUGGACAAUAUGUAGAUGAGGCUUUCAAUAAUUUCGCGAACUCUUUUCGGAAUUCCCCAACAGGAUCUGCUACAACUGGCUUGAGUGGUGGGAGUUCUUUAGGUCUGCAGUACAAGGGUGCAUGGUGUACCCCUCCAAGAGUAUUUGUGGAUUAUCAGGAAGAAGUUGUACCACAUUUGGAGCCUGGAAUGGUCCCAUCAACUAUUGACCCGGAUGCAACUGGAAUUACAGAAAGAGAGCAGAAAGGUCCUAAAAGGCCUGUUCGCAUUAGUGCUUGGCAGCUUGCAAAGUUGGAUUCCAGUGAGGCCAUGAGAGCAGCAGCCAAAGCCAGGGCAUCAUCCUCUGUUCUACGACCACUUGAUAAACCUGACCUUGAACUUAGCUCAAGUGGCAAUAUGAGUGUGAGAAGUAGUGUAAGCACUGACACAGGGGCAAAUAAAGAGAUUAAGAACGAGUUGAGGUUGUCAAGAAAUUCCUUUGCUCCAAGUCAAGGUAGCCGAGAUGAGUAUGAAACUGGGACUCAAAGCAUAAGUAGCUUCAGUAGUCCAAGUCAUGUUCAUGAAGCAGUCACACUUAGCCCUCUACCACAGGGAGGUCUGGGACGUUUUAGUGCAGCCACUUCAGUCCCCAGCUUAGUUCCUGACCGUCCAUUAACUUCCAAGGCAACAUUGCCUAAUGUCAGCUUGGGAUUUGAUGAAAAGAUUAUGCAGAGGGGAGGUACUACUGAUCCAUUGCUGCUGUCAGCUCCAGCUUCUUCUCUUUUCAGAGAUGUCAGAAGGACAUCCGUUGUUUGGGACCAAGAAGCAGGGAGGUAUGUCUCAGUUCCUGUAUCAGCUUCUGAAGCUCGAAACAGGUUAUCCACACAAACAGGUUUUUCAAAUCCUAAUGCAGAAACAAGCAGUUAUAGUAGAAGGCCAGUUAUUCCGCCACAGGAACCUUCAUCUUCUGCAGUGAAGACUCCAGUGCAACAAACAGAAAAACUGAUGUACACAGGGGAUUCUAUAUUCUUUGGCGGCCCGCUUUUGAGUGCACCAGUUAGGGAAAAUUUGAAAAAUGAAAGGGAUUUGGGUUCAAGAGAGGGCCAAGAGAGGGUGGGACUGAACUUGCCUAGGGAGUCUAGAUUCAGACGAGAUUCUGCCUCGAACCAGCUUCCUGUGUUUGUCCCAGGGGGUUUUGAGAGCAACCCUUCUUUUGGUUCCGGUUUGAAGUAGGGUUACAUUUAUGGGCUGAAAAUUCUGACAAAUGCAUGUAAAUUUCUUCCUCCUCUUGCCAGGAUUGUGUAUUGGAGGAAUGUGCAAGUCUGAAACCAGUGAUGGGAGCGAAGCUUGAUCCCUUCGACCUGACUGCUUGAAAUUGUUACAAACAGAGUUCUCUUACAGGGUUGGAGCAGUUUCUUUGAUGAAAUUCCGAUUUAACGUAUCGGCAUUAGCUGAGGUUUGUGAAUGAGGCGAUCUUAAGAAGUGUUUCUUGCGCUUUCUUGACAUUGUAGCCAAAGGAUUUGUCUAACAGAGCUCCAUUUAUACUCUGAAUAUUUUUUUUUAUUAGCAAGGUAUCUUCCCACUAUUGAGCUGGAACAUGUAAAAUCUAUCUUUUUAGAUUUAUCCCAUUUUUACUU